GAAAUUGCAACUUUGACAUCAAAUCCAAAUUGUAGUUGAAAUCGAAGUUGAAUAAGAGAAGGGGGAAAAAACUGAAAAUGUUUGUGUUACCACUCAUAGCCUGCUUUGUUCUAGUGCAAGGAUCUGUCAUCAUCCAAGAGGUACACCAGCCUCAGCCUUACAAAUUCGGAUACACGAUCAAAGACAAAAGUAGCCAGCAGUAUAGGGAAGAAUCUGGUAAUGGAGUAGGUGUAGUCCAAGGAAGCUAUGGUUUCACAGAUCAUCGAGGUAUCCAACGACAAGUCAACUACGUGGCAGACAAAGCAGGAUUCAGAGCCCAAGUCAAGACUAAUGAGCCUGGAACAGCAAGUCAAAAUUCCGCUGCAGUCCAAAUGAUAUCCAGUAAUGACGUUCAUUCUUACCUCAGCGGUUCUAGAGCUCCAGUCCUUGUCCAAGCCGUUCCAGUACUGAGUUUGGGCUAUCCAAACGGUGGCAUAUCAGGUGGAAUGUACGGUUAUAACAAUGGGCUUCAGGGUGGUUUAGGAUACAGCGGCCUUCUGGGAGCGGGUUAUGGAGGAGUUGUAAAUUUUGGUGCAAAUCUAAUUGGAGGUUCCAUCAGAGGGUACGACAGCCGCUUUAAUCAGCAUUUAAACUAAAAAUAUAAUUGCAUUAGAAGUCUAGAUUGUUGAACGUGUAGUUUGAAAAUAUGUACAUAUGUCACUUUGAAGGUCUUUUCUUAGACUUGUCGUGUGAAUUUUUGUAUAAAGUCGCCAUUUCCGAAAUCUUCUUAAUUUAUACCUUUUCAGACCUCGAAGCAAAUAAACACUGUUGACUACUUACUACUUCUGACUGAAUCUUCAGCUUUCUAGGUAUAGGGUUUUUGGGGAAACAAAGUUGGUAUUUUCCUUUCGGUAUGAUUAGCGAAUUGACAAAAUUAUUUCUUUCUCCUUUCAAGUUGUCUGGACUUUUCUAAUCUGAGGAAAUUUAAAUCCUGGGUAAUUUAUUAUUCGUUGCUUUAUACUUCAGUUUUGUCGGUAUUUACAUUCUUAUCCUUAUUAGUAUAUCUAUGGUUACUACUUUCUUUUCGGCAUGAGUAAUGAUCGACUGCUUUCUGGGGGCAUUUCUGAAAUUGCCUAGGUUGAGUAAAAUCACAUUUAGUGGUAUUUCCAAAGUACACUGCGGUAUUUUUAGUUUUCUCAUUCCUCUGCUAUUUCUGCAUUAAAUUACCCGAAUAGAAAAUUUGCUUUGUGAUUCUAUAGAAGUUCUGGAAGGUGUUCUCAAGCUUUAUUUAUUGCCUGUCUAAUGCUCAUUUCUGUGAUAACUAUUGUGAAGCGAUGUAUGACACUAAAUGUAUUAUUUUUAAUUAUGUGUAUUUUGGGAUUUUAAUAAAAGGACCUGAAAUUACUAUAAAA